AUGAGUUCUCCAAACCAGAAAAUCGAAGCUCCCCAAGAAGGAAAAUCUAACAACAAUAAUACAAAGAUCUAUUUCGACGUCUAUGGCCCAGAGGCAAGAGCUGAUAUUGUUUUCAAGCAACCGGAAGCAAACUCAACCUUGAAUCUUCAUGACGUCCAAGGACUUAUCACCUGGGUGCUUGGUGAAGGUUUCAUGCCGUCAUGGGUUUUUAUAAAAAACAAGCCCCUGAUCUCAAAGAUGGUUAUGUUGUAUAUCCCUGGCCUUGACGCUGCAUUGUAUUUAUCGCAGUCUAAAGUACUAAACAGUUUUAAAGAAUGCUGCGGUAUUCCACGGGCAGUUUUAGCUCUAAGCUGUGUAUCAGAUGGAAUUCAGACCGUAGAUGCACUUCUUACAAGCAGAGUUAAAAGAAAAAGGGUUGAAGGGGAAGUUAUUCAAAAGAAAAUUUCCCAGGAAUCUACUCAAGAAACUUGUGCUGGCUCCAUCAGUUCGUCCUUUGCUGAUCUCAUAAAAAACUUGCCAUUCCCAAUAACGUAUUACACACUUAAUGCUAAGGAAUUAGAAGAUAAUGGAUACUGUAAUCGACCAGAAUUUCUAUCAACACUUCCAGCUCCUUCUGGAACUCCUCCAUAUGAGAUGUUGGCACUUGAUUGUGAGAUGUGUAUUACAAAAGAGGGUUUUGAGCUUACUAGAGUUACACUGGUGGAUGUUAAAGGACAGGUAGUAUUAGACAAACUUGUCAAACCAGCAAAUGCAAUUGUCGAUUACAAUACAAGGUACAGUGGAAUCACACACGAGAUGUUGGAUGGAGUGACCACAACUAUUGAAGCUAUUCAGGGAGAGUUUCUUCAACUUGUUUACAAAGAGACGAUUCUCGUUGGACAUUCACUAGAAAAUGAUUUGUUAGCAUUGAAGAUCUGUCAUGAUCUGGUGAUUGAUACGGCGGUUUUAUAUAGGCACCCACGUGGCCGAUCUUACAAAACAGCUUUACGCAUACUAACGAGGAGAUUUCUUUCUAGAGAGAUACAAGAUUCAGGAAAUGGACACGAUAGUGUUGAAGAUGCAAGAGCCACAAUGGAACUGGCAUUGUUAAAAAUUACACAUGGACCUGAUUUUGGCUUGCCUCCAUCAUUCACAAGGAAGAAACUCUUGUCAGUUUUGGGCGAUUUUGGCAAAAUCUCAUCUUUAGUUGAUAAUAUAUCCAUCGUGAAGCGAUAUGCCUCUGAGACAUCUCAUGCAAUUCCAGUAUCUUCUGAUGAUGAAGCUCUUUCGAAAGCCACAAAAGAGGUAAAAAAUGAGAAGGUGCACUUCGUUUGGGCCCAGUUCUCAGAAUUGUUCACCUAUCUCAAGAGACAAGCUAAUGAUGAUGACAAGCUAAAUACAAAGCUAGCAGAGAUGAUAUCAUUGCUUACAUGUGAGCAACCUACUGGUAAAAAAAGCAUCGGAUAUAGUGUCACCUCAGAACUAAAGGAAAUACUUAGUCGUAUCAAUGGUGGAGUCAAAAGCAUAUACUCCAGUCUACCUCGUAAUGCCAUGCUUGUUAUCUGCACUGGACAUGGAGACACAGCAGUCGUGCAUAGAUUACGGAAAAUCCUAUCUGAGCAAACAGAAACUGCAAUAAGCCGCGAGAAGCUUGUGAAAGCUUUGGAAGAGCUGCAGGCUCAAGCUGAAGUGGGAUUGUGUUUUGUUGGUGUUAAGCACUGA